ACACACACACACAGAGAGAACAGACCUCCCCUCCUCUCCUCUCUCUGACCACUGGCUCUCAGUAACAACACCGUGAAUCAUUAAUCCGCCUCUAACAUCUUCACUUUGAGCUUUAACGACCCGGAACAACAGAGGAUGUCGCACAUUAGCAGCUGACAUUUUAUCCACACGAUCCGUUUUCAUCGACACCGCUGUCUUCUACAGGAGACCCGCUUUUACUCGCCCCAUGUUCCUUCGCCGGCUGAGCUCCCUCGGCUCCGCCUUCCUUCCCCGCAGACGCCCUGCUCUCUGCAGCGCCUCCUCCCCCUCCGUCCCCCAGGUUGUCCCCGCUCCACAUCCAUGGUGGUCAGUGCAGGGAUUUCCCCCCUGGCCUCCGCGACUCCCCCACACCCACCCACCAGCUCGUCAGGUUUUCACAGGGAGGACGUUACACCCUCAUAACAUCAACCACGGUAACUUUGGCCGGAGUUGGCGUUCGUUCUCCACCUGCGGCGGUCUCUUGAUGGAGCGGUCCGGCAGAGAUCGAGAGCCUCCUCAGAAACGGAGGAAGAGUGAAGAGGAGAGGAGGAACGAGGAGGAACGAGGAAGACACACAGGAGGAGCAGCAGGGGCGACGGGAGGCAAGGCCAAGGAUGGAAGCGCCAAGAGGGAGCACCAUCACCUGGAUCCCAGCGUGGACAGACGCCCCCGACCAAACCACCACUUCAGAGAUGGAGGUGAAGAGAGGAGGAGGAGCGGAGCUGCAGGCGGCAGCAGAGAUAAAGACGGAGACAGAACUAAAACUGUGAGUCAAGACAGACAGAGGAGAGACGGCAGCGGUCGAGACGCGACCCCGAAUCAAAGGUGGCAUAAAGAUUCACAGGCUGCAGGAUCCAGGACUCAAACCCCGAAGUCUAAACCCGAACAGGGUCAGGUUCCCACGCACAAACCCAAACCUAACCCCUGGUUCAAAGGGAGGGGGGCGGAGGAGCAGGGGGGGCAUCACAAGAAUACAAAGGGACCGGAGGAACAGACAAGGGACAGACGUGGCGGUGGAGGUCCGUGGGCGGGACUUCCGUCCCAGCCUCGCGGAACCACUCCCCUAAACCCGUGGCAGGGAGCUGGAGCCACCAGACAACCUCCUCCACCUCGAACCCCCCCCCCGCCCGCCACACCACAGGCGGAGGCCGCACCAGUCCAACCUCUUCACAGACACUGGGAGUCUUCUCCUUUCUGCAGUACCUACCCACAGCCACCGGGGGUCAGCGCAGCCUUCGACUUCUCCGUGAUGUCCUACAACAUCCUGUCCCAGGAGCUGCUGCAGGACAACGACUACCUGUACAAACACUGCGACCCCGCCGUCCUGCCCUGGGAGUACCGGCUGCCCAACCUGCUGACAGAGAUCCAGCAGCUCGACGCCGACAUCCUGUGUCUGCAAGAAGUCCAGGAGGACCACUAUGAAAACCAGAUUAAACCUGCUCUACAGAGACUAGGUUACCAGUGUGAGUAUAAGAAGCGGACAGGAAGGAAACCAGACGGCUGUGCUAUCAUCUUCAAGUCGUCCCGCCUCUCCCUCCUCUCCUCCAAUCCGGUUGAGUUUUUACGCCCCAGUGACGCCCUCCUCGACCGGGACAACGUUGGACUGGUCGUGCUGCUUCGACCUAACCACGCCUCCAACCACUCGGAUCCCUCCGCCUUCAUCUGUGUCGCCAACACGCACCUCCUCUACAACCCCCGCCGCGGUGACAUCAAGCUGGCCCAGCUCGCCAUCCUGUUGGCUGAGAUCAGCCGGCUGUCCCGCCUCCCAGACGGGUCGACUAAUCCCGUUGUGCUCUGCGGGGAUUUUAACUCCACCCCCUGGAGUCCACUGUACAGCUUCCUGACCACUGGCCGCCUGGACUACAGAGGACUACCGAUCGGCAUGGUGUCUGGUCAGGAGAAUGUUCCCAGAGCUCAGCGUCUCCUCACGUCUCCCAUCUGGUCUCAGAGUUUAGGAAUCAACCACCUGUGUCAGUACGAGAACCGACCCACAGCUGACUCCUCCCCCACCUGUCCCUCAGCUGUCUGUGUCACAGCUGUGGAGGGCGCCAUCUCUAAUCUGACUGUAGAAGAUCUCUCCACCAAAGCUGCCGUCGCCUUUCACAGAGCGAGGAUCGAGCAUGGCCUGAAGCUGCAGUCGACCUAUCAGCAUCACCUGAUGCCUGAUGGGAGACCUGAGAUCACCACCUGUCACUCCCGCACGGCCAUUACUGUGGAUUACAUCCUGUUCACUCCCGAAGUCACCUCCCCUCCCUCGUGUCCUGGUGGCGGCGGCGGGGGCCUCCAGCUGCUGGGCAGACUGUCGUUGGUCGGCCAGCCGGAGCUGCAGGAGGUCAACUCUCUGCCCAAUCAGCAUCACUCGUCCGAUCACCUCCCUCUCCUCGCUCGCUUCCGCUUCCAGCGCUGACCUGGGCGGGGGAGGGGGGUCGUCGGACAUCGGUCAGAACGGCUCUCACGGCUCGUUAGCUGUUAGCCUCGGCGGCUAACGGUGCAGCUCAGAGAGGACGGACACAAACAUCUGUUAGAUGCUGAGACUGAGACGUGAAGGAAGAAGAAACUGAUAUCAUGAAUCUGUGGGAACAAAAACUGCUGCAGACGUUUUAAAAAUACAAACAUUUUAAUGCAGAUUGAAAAUCUACGGUUCAAUUAAAUCUUACGUUAGAAACAAAAACUACAGUCAGAUGAUUUUAUUCUUUGUAUCGUUCAGAUGAAUUAUUGAUCGCUGUCACAUGGAUUGUUUCAGUUUAGUGACACUGAUGCUAAAAUGUCUUUGUAAAUAACUGGACUAAGAAAAUCCUGGUUUUAAAGUUUUACUUGAAUAUAAUGUUAAAACACUGAUGGAUAUAUUUUUCUAUCAUUUUGGAAGGAGGUGUUUGCCAGUGUUGGAAAGUUUACAGAUUGUAAAUAAAAGAGGUUUUUACAUGUG